CCAGGCGAUUUCCAUGGCGACCGGACGUCCGUUUGCAACGCAAACACGACGUUGUUAUUCGACGCGAGCCUCUACGCCCGCGAAGUCCUCCUUCUGUUUAACCAUGACACCGUAAUUAUUAUCCUAGACCCGCUUGUCGCGUUUGUACACCACACCACGUCAAUGGUGUGCGGGGUGUACCUACGUCUAACUUUCCAUAAAUUAUAAUGCAUGCGGUGGUGUUUUAGUUGUGCGCGAAAUAUUUUCAUUGCCAAAAAUGGACGAAAUGGAAGGACGAUCGCCGUCUCAAUGUCAAGGCAGGACGCUGGACGUGCCGCAGUGGUUGAAUGAAAUUCGAGAUAAUACACCGACGGAUACAGAUGACGAUCGUUCGGAGUCAACUAGUCGGCGUUCAAGUUUGCUGACCUUCGGCGAAACACCGCACGGAUUAGAUUUGCCAAACUCGGAGAGUUUAAUAUUGUCACGUCCGAAUUCAUCCGCGCGAUUUGGAAGGCGAGCGCAACACCAGCAGGAACGCGGAAAACCGCAGAAGAAUGCGGAAGUGAAUGUGCCACGCGUCGAGAAUCAGGAUUUACAGGGUAAACGUACAAUGCCGAAUUGGAGCGAUGAUAAGCUGGAGAAAUCGUGGAAGAGUCUUAGUAAGUUUCAACAGAGCCACAAGGGACGCCUUGAUAGUGCCAAAAUCUACAAUGUCACUGAACGCAAACGAUUAAGUGAUCAAUUUGAUCCAACGCUUUCACCGAUAUCACCAACGAAUUCAACAAAUUCCUCGUCGGAGAGCGCGUACAGCCCGUCAAUAUGUGAUCCGGAUGUGCCAAACCUAAGAAGCCGAAGUGAAAUGUCAACGUAUAUGCCUCAAUAUGUCUAUUCAAAAAUUCGCAAAGCCACAGAACCCGUCAAUAUGUUAUCAGACAAUGUGCUCUCGAAAACUAUUAAUAAUUUCAACACGAUCAGCAAGUCAAAAUCAACCGAAAAUAUUUUCAUGGGCUACAGCGCUAGGACACUAGAAAAGCAAAGCAAAGAUUUUCACGGUAGUGAAGAAAGCCUAAACUCUUGCCGACUCAACGACUACAAAUUGAAAGUUGCGCGAGAAAAUGAACUGCGUCAGCAGAUAAUUAACGAACUAUUACUGGAAAACGAGCAGAUUUCUAGCAAGAAAAAACAGGGCAAGUUCCGACGAAAAUCCACCGAUGAAGUUUUCAUUAUCCCUGAACUGCCAGCGGGAAAACACCUAAAAGUGACUAUUUUGACCACCUGGGGUGAUAAAUAUUACGUGGGCCUCAACGGAAUUGAAUUAUUCGGCGAGGACGGGAAAAUUAUCCAAGUAGCGAAAAUUACGGCAAGUCCAAGUGAUGUGAAUGUCCUUCCGGAAUGUUGUAAUGAUCCGCGUGUGGUGACGAAUUUAUUAGAUGGAGUGAAUCGCACCCAGGACGAUGUUCAUCUAUGGUUAGCGCCAUUCACACUGGGCGAGAAUCAUGUUAUAAAUAUUGAAUUCAAGGAACCUAAUGUUAUUUCAAUGAUGCGGUUUUGGAAUUACAAUAAAUCUCGGAUUCACAGCUAUAGAGGUGCGAAAGAUGUAGUAAUGGAGCUUGAUGGGCAAAAAAUCUUCGUUGGAGAAAUAGCGAAAGCUUGUGGUGGGAUUAUAGGAGGCGUUGAUGCAUUCGGCGAUACCAUACUGUUUACCGUAAAUGAAGAUAUUCUCGAAGCUAUAUCCCAGAACGACCACGCAUAUCCCACAUUAACAUCGGCAAACAAUAAAAUAAACACCCCCUCAAUAACAGAAGAAAGACCUUUGACGUCGGCGCUUACAACAAGCAAUGGAAUAAGGCCGCAUACGGGAAGAUCUCCUUUCAGGUCAGAUUAUGUUGAAGAUGAAUCUGGGGAACAGAUACUGUUGGGUUGCAAAAAACUGGAUAUUGUCUUGAUUUCCAACUGGGGUUUUGCGGAUGUGAUAGGUCUUACAGGGAUAGAGAUUAUAGAAGCCGGGGAGCUGCCAGUGCCUAUUAAGGAAGACUAUAUUCAAUGUGACACACCAACUGAUCGAAUGCUACAACGGAGACUGUUUGCAGAGGAAAAUGUGACGACUGAUCGGAAUAAUAUGUGGCUCACACAGUGCAAAUACGGGGAACAUAUGAAGAACAUUGAAUUUGACAGAUUCAUCUAUAUUGCAGGUCUACGAAUAUGGAACUAUAACUCCAAUCUGGAAAUGACCUACGCGGGAGUUUCCCGACUUAAAAUUCUCCUCGAUGACCGACCGGUGUCCAACCCCCUGACAAAAGAUGCGGUGUUCCUAUUACGGAGGGCGCCUGGUAACGUCAACUACGACUUUGUGCAGGAGAUCCUCCUCGGCGAUAGCAACUCUUUGGUGCACAAAGUCGAGCGCACACCGAGUUUCAUCAUCUCGAGCAACGCGCAUGAGUGUCCCUUGCUUCCCGAGGGUUUUGUUUUGGAAAUUGUGGUGUACUCCACAUGGGGGGAUCAAUACUAUUGUGGACUGAACGGAUUAGUAAUAUAUGACCACAAGGGUCGCAAAUUGGUACUGGAUGAAAGUAAUAUUUGUGCAUACCCGGAAAGUAUCAAUGUGUUACCAGAUGUAUCUGGUGAUAUCCGAACGCCUGACAAGUUAAUAGACAACGUCAAUGAUAACGACGACGGGUUACACUCAUGGCUAGCGCCUGUUAUACCAAAAUCUUUAAACAGGAUUUACGUGGUCCUAGACCAACCCGUGAUGGUCUCUGUGAUUGAAUUUUGGAACUAUUCAAAGAAUCCCAGCCGUGGUAUCAAAGAAUUCGGUAUAUUACUGGAUGAUCUACUCAUAUACAACGGAAUCCUGGAUAAAUAUAGCCCAAGGGACAAAUGCAAACAUCGAAGCGUAGCUUUUACAGAUGAUCUCAAAGUCGUAGAGAAUGAAUCAAACACCUUGAUCAAACCUAAUAGUAAUGUGGCAAUCAGGACAGCGACCAGUGGUAGCGAACCCAGUGCCGAUCCAGCUCUACGACCCUUUACAGCAGUAAGCCCCUUCACUCGCACCUCACAAAGCCAAUGAGGCCUUCAGAACCCCGCAACAUUUAGUUGUAGCCUACGCUUACGACACAAACUUGUUAAUCCUACCUGUAAGCUAUACUUAAUAAGUAGUAAUUGUUACAUUGUA